GGUCAGCCGCCGAAAGGGUAGCACGCAUUGCAUCCAAGAUGGCCGCCUCCUUGUGUCAGUGUUAUCGGCUUUGUGCCCGAAGGAGUUUGCUCCUCCUGUCCAGUCGACCCUGUGUGUCCUCGUUCCAGAAACCCCACGUGUACAGGAUAUGUGGGUCUCCUGCAGCUUCACCACAGGUGCGGUACGCAUCUCAGGGCGGUGGGGGGCGGAAGGGCUUCCUCUCGGAGUUCGUCGACGGCCUGAAGCAGGAGCUGAGCAAGAACAAGGAGAUGAAGGAAAACAUCAGGAAGUUCCGGGAAGAGGCCAAGAAACUGGAGGAAUCGGAGGCUCUGAAACAAGCCCGGAGGAAAUACAAAACAAUUGAGUCAGAAACGGUGAAGACGUCUGAAGUGCUGAGGAAGAAGUUUGGGGAGAUUUCGGAAACUGUGAAAGAGGGCCUGGAGGAGGUGAGCCGCUCCGACCUGGGCAAGAAGAUCAAGGAGGGAGUGGAGGAGGCCACCAAGACGGCCAAGCACUCCGCGGAGUCCGUGUCCAGGAGUGGGGAGAAAUUGGGCAAGUCCGGCGCCUUCCGUGCCAUCUCUCAGGGGGUCACCACUAUCCCUGAGAGCUUUCACUACUGUCUAGGUCACACACAUGAUUGGCUGGAUGUUACUAAGUUUGAGAACAUGACUGUUGUAUUUACUUCUAGGUUGGAUAGGUGACUCAUUGUUCAGACUCAUUGUUACUCUUCCAGGGAGGCGAUGGGUGUUGUGCUGCACAAGGACUCUAAGUGGUAUCAGCAGUGGAAGGACUUUAAGGACAACAAUGUGGUUUUCAACAGGUUCUUUGAGAUGAAGAUGAAAUACGACGAGAGCGACAAUGCCUUCAUCAGAGCCUCCCGCGCCGUCACGGACAAAGUCACUGACCUCAUCGGUGGCCUGUUUUCUAAAACCGAAAUGUCGGAGGUCCUGACAGAAAUCCUGAAGGUGGAUCCCGGGUUUGACAAAGAUUCCUUUCUGAAGCAGUGCGAGCAGGACAUCAUUCCAAACAUCCUGGAGGCCAUGAUCCGUGGUGACCUUGAGGUCCUGAAGGACUGGUGCUAUGAAGCUACGUACAGUCAGCUGGCGCACCCCAUCCAGCAGGCCAAAGCCAUGGGGCUGCAGUUCCACUCCAAGAUCCUGGAUAUUGACAACAUUGACCUGGCCAUGGGCAAGAUGAUGGAGCAGGGUCCCGUGCUGAUCAUCACCUUCCAGGCCCAGCUCGUGAUGGUCAUCCGCAGCCCCAAGGGGGAGGUGGUAGAAGGGGACCCGGAGAAGGUCCUGCGCAUGAUGUACGUGUGGGCGCUGUGCCGCGAUCAGGACGAGCUCAACCCCUACGCAGCCUGGAGACUCCUGGACAUCUCGGCGUCCAGCACUGAGCAGAUCCUCUGAGAGGCACCAAGAGAGGCAGGGGCAUGGGCUCGAGCACUGAACUGGUUGGGGGGGGUGUGCAUACGCAGCCCCGGGGAAGUGGGGGGUGGGGCCCAGUUAAUUCCUCGGCACCCCCCCUCCACAGAGACCAGCGGACACCUGGGAUUCGGCUGCUUCCUUUUCACACUCCCUGCUCUGGUCACCUGCAGUGCCCCUGGAUCAGGGCGGCUUCGGCAGCAGGGAACAGGGGGAUGAAGUUGGACGGUAUGACCAGCGCAGGGAGGUUUGCCUUCUUUUUUUUUUUUAACAUGUGACCAAGGACUGGCCAUUUGGAGGGAGACCUUUUCCUAUCUAGGGCACUGCACUUCUGCUGUCCACUACCACUGGCAGGAAUCUAUCUGAUCAACUAGGACUUUUAAUUUUUCUCUGGGCGAUGGGCCAGAGCAGGUAGUGCCAUAAUCUCCUGUGUUGUGAAAAGGACCAAUCUUAAGGAUACGUGGAAAGUAUAGAAGACAACUCCACAUAUUUAUUUGACAAACUGGGGGAGGGUAUCUUACUUUUCCUGUAUUCUAGCCCAUCUGACAUUCUUAAUUGCAGAGGUCAUUCUAGCAUGUGGAUGCGCUCGCUGUGAUUAUGGUGCAGAAAGUCAAAAGAGAAACGGGAAACUUGCUGCAGAUAUGUCUUGCCUUAACCAUCGGGUAUAAUUACCACCAAGAGUUUCCAGUGCAAGAGCUGUUCAGUUCAUUAAAUGCCGUGUAGUAGAUGUUCAUAAAUUAAGAAACGUUUUGUAAAAACAGCUUCCCGUGCUGUCCUUUUAUUUAAAGAAAUCGCUCAUUAUGUAACUAAUCAUACAUCAGGAGUACCCCUAAGGACCCUGAAGAAUCUUGCCCUGUUUGUAGCAAACAGUCCAACUGAUACACUUCACCCUUGCGUCUGAAGACUUGCUUUUAGAUGCAGCUUUGGGGAAUAGGCAGGUCCUACCAGUCAUACCCACCUCUUCCCCAGAAGCAUUUCUAUCUCCGUGAAAAGGCCACCCAGUCUGCUGGGGAGUGAGCAGGCUUCUCUAAUCCUGCCUGUGGCCAGCUGCUGUGUGUUUUAGUCUUCGCUGGUGUAAACCGAAGCCCCUCAGAUGUUUACUCUGACCUGUUGGGCUUUUUCAUAACAGACUCAUGGCAACAAUAGCGACGCUCAUCUGUGUUUACGACAAGCUGCUGUAGAUCACGGCUGCUCAGCUGGCACCGCCGAGACAAGAUUUUAAAAUAUUUUCCAUCCUUUGCAGAGAUUACCAGGCUGGUGUUGUACUGAGCCUUGGGGAGCAACAUGUCCUUUAUUCUCACCUCAGCUUUUGCAGCCAAGUCAAAACAAGCCCUUUGUGCAGACUGGCAUUGCACUGUGCUGCUGUCUUUAAGCGGUGUUCUGGAGAACAUCCGUUUCUGUUUUGACCAUUCCUGUUGUUUAAGAUAAGUUGUUUGAGACUUUUAAACGUUUCAAUGAGCAGCGGUUUCUGACACCACAAACAAGAUGCAGUGUGAGAGCUGGAAACUUGAGGUGACCCUUCUGCCUUGAAAUAAGAACAGUCAGCAUCUGGUGGGCGUGCUCUGCCUUUCUGUAGUGCAGAGAGGGGAAGGAGUGUCCUGUUGAAAUUCCUAGUUGGAAUAGAAAUCGAAUUGGGUGGGUGAUGGGAGAUGAUGAGUUUAUACCACACUAAAUGUAAAAGGACAGUGGUAAUGGCAUGCCAUCUUGUCCAUCUCGACAAGCUGUAAGAGUCCAGUCAGGACUGUGCCACCCUGGUGGCCAUCUGGGGUACUACAAGCAUUACAGCAGUAUUGUUAGAACAGGAGAAUGCACACCCUGAAUGCAAGUUAUGUCAAAUAAAAGUCAAAGGGUCUUUUUAA